UUGCCGCGAGCGCGUCUCCUUCAUUCGCAGUCUGGGCGGGUUCGGAGGAGGACGGCGGGAGAGGAAAGCGCUCUCGGGACCUCGCGGGGGCACGGCUUCUGGCUCUUCUCCGCGUCCCUGCGAUUUGGGGAAGGCGUAACCGAGCAGCCAGGCGCGGGAGGACCGCAGACCAGCCAUGGGCGCCGGCAGCUCCACCGAGCAGCGGAGCCCCGAGCAGCCGGAGGCGGGGAGCGCGACGCCGGCCGAGCCCGAGCCCAGCGGUAGCGGCUCUGCGGCGGAGGCGGCGCCCGGCACCCCGGGGGAUCCAGGCAUCGCCGCUGCGGACCCCGCCACCAAGCUCCUGCAGAAGAAUGGUCAGCUGUCCGUCAACGGCUUAGCUGAGCAAGGAGAUCUCGGCCUCCAGGAGGAAGCGCUCAAUGGCCAGGAUGAGGAAGUCAUUGUCACAGAUGUUGGACAAAGAGAGUCUGAAGAUGUGAGUGAAAAAGAGUCAGACAAGGAGAUGGCUGCUAGCUCAGCGGUGGUUCAAGACAACGCCAAGGAUGGGCAGGAGGAAAUGCCUGAGGUGGUCGAGCAGCUCCCAGCAUCAGAGAGCAGUUUGGAUGAGCUGACACAGGCCGCGGAGCCCCAGGCCAACGACGUGGGCUUUAAGAAGGUGUUUAAGUUUGUCGGCUUCAAAUUCACCGUGAAAAAGGAUAAGACCGAGAAGUCUGACACGGUGCAGCUCCUCACCGUCAAGAAGGAUGAAGGAGAAGGGGCAGGAGAGUCCGACGGCGCUGGGGACCACCCGGAGCCCGGCCAGGAGAUGGGGGACGCGACCCCCAAGGAAAGUGAACUGAAACAGUCCACCGAGAAACCCGAAGAGACGCCCAGACGGGAGCAGAGUCGCACGGAGAUCUCCCAGUCUGGCCAAGCCGCCGAGGAAGGCAAAGAAGACGGAGAAGAAAAGCAAGAGAAGGAACCCACCAAAUCUCCGGACUCUCCCACCAGUCCAGUGGCCAGCGAAACCGCAUCGCCCUUCAAAAAAUUCUUCACCCAAGGCUGGGCCGGCUGGCGCAAAAAGACCAGUUUCAGGAAGCCGAGGGAGGACGAGCUGGAGGCUUCCGAGAAGAAAAAGGAACAAGAGCCAGAAAAAGCAGACGCAGAAGAAACGGAGACGACCCAAGAGCCCUCCGAGCUGCCACCCCCGGCAGAGGCCACCGAGAGCGCCCCGGAGGCCAGGCUGUCGGCGGAGUAUGAGAAAGUGGAGCUGCCCCCGGAAGAGCAAGUCCAGGCACCUCCCGCAGAGAAGCCCGCCCCUUUAGCAACAGAAAUAUUUGAUGACAAAGUAGAGAUCGUCGCGGAAGUCCACGUGAGCACGGUAGAGAGGGACGCCGAGGAGCCGAAAGCCGAGGAAGAAGAACCAGGAGAGGCCGCGUCACCUGAAAAACCCACGGACACCAGUGCUGACCUGCCGGAGGCAGACGAGCCCGCGGAGGAGCUGCUGGAGGCGGAGGAAGAUGCUGCCGCCGCAGGGGCCCCGGCCGCCGGGGGAAAGCGCCGCCCACCCCCCGAGGGCGUUGUGACCGAGGCGGAGGUGCUGUCCUCGCAGGAGAGAAUUAAGGUGCAAGGAAGCCCUUUAAAAAAACUGUUCACAAGCACUGGCUUAAAAAAGCUUUCUGGAAAGAAACAGAAAGGGAAAAGAGGAGGAGGAGAUGACGAGUCCGGGGAGCAGCAUCCAGCCUCUGCAGAGUCUCCCGACAGCCCCGACGAAGCGAAGGGUGAGAGCUCGGCCUCGUCCCCGGAAGAACCGGAGGAGAUCACGUGUCUGGAGAAAGGCGUAGCCGAGGCCCCCCAGGACGCGGAGACAGAGGAAGGGACCACUUCUGAUGGAGAGAAAAAGAGGGAAGGUGUGACCCCCUGGGCAUCUUUCAAAAAGAUGGUGACGCCCAAGAAACGGGUGAGAAGGCUUUCUGAAAGUGAUAAGGAGGACGAAUUGGACAAGGUCAAGAGCGCCACCCUGUCUUCCACGGAGAGCGCAGCCUCCGAAAUGCAGGAAGAGGCGAAAGGAAACGGAGAGGAGCCGAAACCCGAAGAGCCCAAGCGCAAGGUUGACACCUCCGUGUCCUGGGAAGCUUUAAUUUGUGUGGGGUCAUCCAAGAAAAGAGCAAGAAAAGCAUCCUCUUCCGAUGAGGAAGGGGGGCCGAGACCCGGAGGUGACAGCCAAAAGCCUGAGGAAGCUGGGAGAGAGAAGGACACGGGCCCAGAGGCGCCCCCUGCUGGUUCCCAAGAGCACGAUCAGGCGCCAGGAAGCUCCUCACCCGAGCAGGCGGGCAGCCCCACCGAAGGGGAGGGCGUCUCCACCUGGGAGUCCUUUAAACGAUUAGUCACCGCAAGAAAAAAAUCGAAGUCAAAAAUGGAAGAGAAAGGCGAAGACUCUGUAGCUGGCUCUGGUGUAGAACAUUCAGCAUCAGAUGCUGAGCCGGGAAAAGAAGAGUCUUGGGUUUCAAUCAGGAAGUUUAUUCCCGGGCGAAGGAAGAAAAGGUCCGACGGGAAACAAGAACAAGCCGCGACCGAGGAUACAGGGCCAUCGGAGGUCAACGAGGACGAUUCUGACGUCCCGGCCGUGGUACCUCUGGCCGAGUACGAUGCCGUGGAAAGGGAGAAAACCGAGGCGCAGCAAGCCCAGAAGAGCGAGGAGGGGCCUGAGCAAAAGGUGGCUGUGGAUGUGUCAGAGGAGCUCAGUCGGAGCCUGGUUCACACGGUGACCGUGACUGUCGUGGAGGGAACAAGGGCCAUGAGCAGCGCAGAGGAAAGGGCGCCUUCUUGGAUCUCUGCUUCCGUGACCGAACCUCUUGAACCAGAAGACGACGAAGCCAAACCGUCCACUGGGGAGAUGCUUGAAAGUGAAGUCGGCACGGAGGAAACCCCACCCGUCGCCAAAACGCUGCCAGAGAGCAGGGAGGCUGGCGAAGACACAAUGGUCAGUGAAGUGGAACCAGCCUCCGAAGCGGUGACAGCUGCAGAAACGUCGGAGGCGCUUCGUGCGGAGGAAGCCACGGAAGCCUCUGGUGCGGAGGAGACCACAGACAUGGUCUCCGCUGUUUCCCAGCUGACCGAGUCACCAGACACCACGGAGGAGGCGACCCCGGUUCAGGAGGUAGAGGGCGGCGAGCCCGACGUGGAAGACCAGGAGAGGCGGACCCAAGAGGUGCUGCGGGCGGUUGCAGAAAAAGUGAGAGAAGAAUCACAGCUGCCCGACACCAGAGAGCUGGACAGCACCAUCCAGACCACCCAGGAAGGACAAGCAAGAAUCCUGGAGAAGCUGGAAGAAGCAGAAGAGGAGUCUCACGCACUCGAUCUGAAGGAAGUGACGGACAGAGCGUCAGAAGCACUCGUACAAGAAACUAAACCCGAGCCACAAGGGAAGGAGAUUGUCCAGGCCACCCCAGAAAGCUCGGAACCAGUUCCUCCAGGCACAGAGAGCGCAGAGUCCCGUGAGCUUACAACCACUUGUCAAGCUGAAACUGCAGCUGGGGUAAAAUCAGAGACUGUGCCAGGACAGGCCAUGGCUCCUGACUCAGCUGAAACCCUCACAGACAGUGAGACCAAUGGAAGCACCCCAGUAGCAGAGUUUGAAGCUCCAACUCUAAUCCAGCAGGACAAAAUCAUGGAAAUCCACGAAGAUGCUGCGGUUGCAUCUGGUCCCACAUCCCAGGUCACAGAAGGCGAGGCCGUUCCUGCCCUCAAAGAGAUGCCUCCAGCACCUUCCCAUUUUCAGUGCCAGGAAGAAAAGGGUGCAGAAGUGGAAGAGAUUCUGGAACAUACGGAGAAAGAAGUAACCAUGGAGUCUGUACCCAUCCUUUCAAAGACUGAGGGGGUUCAAGAGGGCAGCCAAUGUGCCGAUGAGGAGGCCAGAGAAGAACCACUGGUCGAAGGACUUGCCAUGUCUGCGGACACGGAAAUCACCAUCGGUCCAAAAAAGAUAACUGAAGUUUCCCUCGAGGAUGAAGUUACCCAAAAAGCUGAAUUUCAAAGGGAUGAUACUAUGGAACUCCACAGUCCUACCAAGUCUCUUCCAGCCCCAGUGGAGCAAGAGGUGGUAGUUCAAGUGGAAAGGGAGGAAAUGGAAGCAGAGCCCACCCAAGUGAAGGAAGAGAAACUUGAGCUCAAACCACCUGUUACCGUAGGUGAAGAGCUCAGUCAGCAGCUGGUUCAGGCAGUUCACGUAACCGACAUAGACGGGGAAAAGGAAGUUGUCAGUUUUGAAGAAAGUGCUUUGCUCGUUCACAAGGAAGCCGCAUGCACAGAAAUUCAUGUUCAAAGUGCUGAGGCAUCUUUAGCUCUAACAGCAGCAGCAGUGGAGGAGAAGGUCUUAGGAGAAGCCAUCAAGAUUUUAGAAGCAGCUGAAACGCUGGAAUCUGCAGGUGCACAUUUCGUACCAGAAGAAAAAUCCUCAGAAAAAGAGGAAGAUGCUCCUGCUCAGCGGGGUGAAGAUGUGGUGCCUACAGGGACUGAGUCUCAGGCAGAAUCAGUGCCGGUGAUAGCAGCUGUUACUCCUGAAAAAGGCAUCAGCGCCGACCUGGAAGGAGAUAAAACCACAUCACAGAAACGGGAGUCAGAUGCAGGCGAAGAGCAGGUUGAUCUUUGGGAAGGCAGAGCGAGUGAAACAAGAGAGGAAGAUUUAAAGGCUGAAAAUGAGAUUUUGAAACUUGAGACUGAGAGCUGCAGACUCGUGCAGAACGUAAUUCAGACAGUUGUGGACCGGUUGGGAAGCACCGAAGACACGGCCACUGAUUUCCAGACCCAGGCUCCACUGACGAAAACUGACAGCCAGGAAGCAGGGCAGAAAAUUGAAAAAGAAGAAAGCCAAUUUGAAGCCUCCACACCGGAUGAAACACAAACAAUUGCAGCCAAAGAGGAGUCUGGGCUGAGCACUAGGGAACACAUGCAUCCAGAUAUUUCCAAAGAUGUGACCGAAGCAUCAGAGAAGGUGGUGGCCACUCAGGUAGAAAGUUCCAGCGUAAACGACCAGCAGCUUGAAGAAGUAAAUCUCCCAUCGGAGGGAAAGAGAGAGACAGAGUCUGUGCCAGAAGAUGAUGGUGGUGCCCGGCUUGGAGAAAGAACAGAGAAGUUUGAAUCCCAAGAAGGUGAAAAAGGUGAUGCUACUGAUGAUCCCAGCAGCCAAACUUCAGCCCUAGAAGAUGCUGAGGCCUCGGGAGGCUCAAGCAAAGAGUCCCCAGAUACACAUGGACCCAGACUGCAAGAGAAGGGAGAUGGCCAGGAAGUAGAAUUUCAGGAAGAAAAAGUGCAGAGCGAGUCAGAAAAAGAGAUCAGAACACAAACACAGGAGGAGACACAGAACAAAGAGAAGGAACCGGCAAAACCUGAACCCACAGAAUCCUAAAACAUCAUUUACCCUUGUGUAUUCGCAAGACCAGAAUGUGAAGACACGUAGAAGAAAACGAACGCUGCUGACGAGACUCAAGACCCAUCUUUCAGAACUUGGAGAACCGAAGCCCCUGCCCAGCAACUGCUCUCCUUGCUAAAGGCCCCCCGACAAUCCUGAGGCGUCAUCGGGAGCGAUAGCCAGUUAACAUUCCCUCUUUCCAACACCGCCCUCGAGUUUCCCCUCGGUACUUUAUAAUGUCUCUGAUUUAAGGUCCUCAAUUAGCCUGGAACUGGAGUUGGCAAUACCUAGUUCUGCUUCUCAAACUGGAGUAUCCUUCUUUAUGUAUUUAUAUGUAUGUUUUAAGUAACCCUCCUUGUGUAUCUAUUGUAUAUUUUUUUUCUCUUGAUGUUUAAGGAAAUGGACAGUAUAGUGCAUUCCUUUUGUAUCGCAUAGUACACGACGGGGCAUGCAGCCACGGUGAAGUUUCAGGAAGCUUUCUGUGUCAGUUACAACCUGUGAACACAGAGCUUCUUAGAAAUAACAUUCCUGAUCAGAAGCUACCCUUCCUAUUUUUAAAAUUCACGAAGGAUUAGGUCCGUGUCUAAUAUCGCUCUGAAAUUGGUCACUUUCCUAUUAUGGACCGUACGCCAUAAAAUAAGUGUUUUGGGGUGGGGGGAGUGCAUACAGAAUGUUCCAUUGUUCCUAGGAAAUUGUUUUUCUAGCCCCCAGUGGAAGGAAGUUUUUUCAGUAGCAGAUUAAAUUGAAGUCUUCCUCCUAAUUGUUAUGGUUGUUUGGACAGAUGAGUGUGCUUCAUUUUGAGGCAAUGUAGUGAAAUGUUUUUCAUGUUAUCAAGAAAAGAAUUGACUGUUUUGAGUCUAUCUUAUAUGCUGGACCACAUUCACACACAGCAUGAAAUGAGUCAGGUUCUCUACAAAUGGUAUUUUGGUGGAUGCUGGAUUGUGUCUGUGCCAUAUUUGUGCCCACGCUUUUAUGAACAAUGUAGCAUUAUGUUCAUUUGGAGAAAUUGUGAUUUGACAACUGAUUUAAAUAAAAUAUUUGCUUCACAUAGAUUUGCUGGAUUUAUUAGAUAAUAGGAAGCCUGGGAUUCAUGUUUAGUGCUUUCUAAAAGCAGAGAAGCUAGAACUUUCUAAUGCAGUCUCUACCUGAUGUCACCACUCUACACCGGCUUGAGCUGGCAUUCAGGGGACGUCUUAGGCCCAGAGGCAUCCUCUGAAAUACAUACGGGAGGCUUUUCAGAUUGAGGGUACUGGUACAAUGCUACCAUCUGGUGGUGCCUUCCUGAAAAAUCACUUUUCUUUGUUCAUCUCUGUUAAGGGCAAAUGUCUCUAGAAAUAAAUUUUUAAGAGGCUUAGUAGUAAAAAUGCCUUGUCUAACAAGUAAUCUUGGAAACAUUUUUAAAGGGUCCACAUGAUUUAUGCACAUGCAAAUGCAAAGGAUUUUGAGGAUAUGCAUCAUAAAGGAUGCUGUCAGACAAUUGCCACACAAAGAAUAGCCCCCUACCUACAGCAAAGUUCCUUUUUCACCAGUAGAACUGGCCUGGUAUAUAUGCUUCUUAAAUUUGGCUAAUGCUCACUACUCCAGUUUGAGAACUUAAAUUCCAACUGCCAAUUCAAUUAUUUUAAAGCAUAACAUCUUAGAAAAAUUAGAAUAAUCUUUUAGCAGAAAGACAGUUUGCUGUUAAAACUGGAAAGCAGUUUCUCUUAAACCAACAAAUCUGACUACAAUAAAAAAAGGGGGUGGUCAUAUUUCAUUGCCAUAGCUGCAGCGUAGGUCCUAACUGCAGUUUAGAUCUGAUUCCUGGCUUGGGGAACUCCAUAUGCCGCAGGAUGGCCAAAAAAGAAAAAAAAAAUUGUCUGUAUUAACAAGACCCCUCAGGAUAACAGCAUAUGGCCUUAUAGUUGAAACACAGAUAAUAUCUUUUUAGGAGUGAUUCUCCCAUAUAAUAGUGCUUAACGACUAACCUUUACAAUCCCCAAAUUUAAAACUACUCUGAUCUAAAGAUGUUUGUUUCUUUUGCCAACUUGAGACUUUAAAAAACAUCCAAGUGCUGGUGUCAGUUUUUCAAGGUCAGCUAAAUAUUAGAGAUGAUAGCCAUGGUUAAGGACUUCAAUAUACUUCCAAAUAUUGACUAUGAGGACAAGAAGAACAUUGUGCUAUUUUGAACAGAUGAAAGAUUUGUGUGGUUCGAGGUAAACAUUUGGGGGCGGUUAAAUUCCAUCCUACCACGUCAUCCUUUUGUAUUUGGUCUCUUCUGAACACAGGUGGUCAGGGCAUUCUGGCCAUCACAGUUGGUUUUGCAGUGGUCAUUGCUUCCUGACUGCUCUCUAGAUGUGCCCUGGAUUUCUUCUGUACCAGCGCUGUGCCUGUGUCUGUUAAGCAACAUUGUUUUAUUAAUGAGAGGAGAUGCUGUUAACAGUAGCACGAAGUACAAUUCUGUAUUAUAAUUCUGAAGCUGCUGUUAAUUUGUAAAGUAUAUGGUAAUCAAAUGUACGCUGCAGAAGUGGAGCAAGUGCCUACAUUUUGCUAUUUUUGGCAUUACCUUGGAGCCAUGUACAAUAGAAGCAAUGCAAGACUUGUAAACUCUUUGCCAUUCCUUAAGGAAUAUAAAAUGUUUCCCCUCAGGUCCUUUUGCUGAUGGACACGUAAGUUGCCGCCUCACUGGGUUACGAGAUCCUCUGUUCUGGUAUUUUCCUUUGAUGUUUGGGACUACAGAUAGUCAAGGGCUGGAAAUUUUAGUUUUCAGGGAAGGUUCGAGCUUCACAGUUUCGUUUGUUUAAGACAAUAUUUCAUUCCUAGUUCUGUUUGGGGGGGCAAAUAUUCAUUUAUCUAAAUAAAUGUAAUCUAAUUAAA